AGCCCAGCAUCCCAGAUGGUUGGUACCCUGAAAACUGCUUCACUUCACAUCCUCUUUGCUUCUUCAUUGAACUGGGUUCGCAUAAACUUGCACAAAAGAUGUCUAGCCUCAUGCAAUGUAUUACCCAUGUCAUUGACAUUUUCUACCAAUAUGCCAAAGAGGAAGGGGAGUGUGACAAACUAAGCAAAAAGGAACUGAAGAAACUUUUAGAAGAAGAGUUUUACCCAGUUAUAAAGAAACCAAAGAAUUCUCAAGUUGUGGAAGCUAUCAUGCAUAUCCUGGACCAAGACCGUGACAAUCAAGUGGACUUUGCUGAGUUUCUUCUAAUGUUAGUCAAUCUGGCUCUGUCUUUCAAUAAGACUAUCAGCAAAAAGUAUUGUGAAGCAUCAGGGUCAAAGCACAAAUUCCAAGAUCACCAUAACCAAGAAGAGCAGAGUGAGACAGAGGAAGAAAAAGAUGGUUCUGGUUCUGAUCAAUCAAAUGCAGAAGCAGAAGAACUUCAAUACAGUUCUAGGCAUUCACAGGAGAAAAAAAAGCAUAGGCACCACUCUCGGUCCAGUUCUCCUUGGAAGAAAAGGAGAAGUAGCUCACCAAACUCAGAACACAGAGAAGACUCUAGGAAAAGACACCAUAACUCAAGGAAGAGUGAGAAAGAGAGAAAUGGGCUCAGCUCAAGAAAGCAGGGGGGAAAGAGACACAAGUCAAGUACAGGCACUGAUCAUCAUAGAUCCAAUGCAGAUGGUCAGUCAUCUAGACAGGAGAGAAAGGGGUCUAGUUCAGAUGGUCAUUGUGGGGAGAGUGAGAAUCAACAAACAGGCUCAACACACAGGAAUUCAAAAAGCAGUAAAUCAAAAAAGUCAAAGAAACAAGAUAAGGGAACAAUUGGUCACCACACAUCAGGGAGUGAAUCUGAAAGGCAAGAAGACGUUUCCAGACGGUCAACAAGAAGCAGGCAACAAAGGCAAGGACAAAGUCAUGGACAGUCAAGAUCCAGCAAGGAUGGGAAGUUGGGUGACAGCCAUAGCCAUUCAAGUAACAGUGAAGAACAAUCAAGAGACAGCCCUAGACACUCAUCAUCUAGUCACAAUCAAUCCUCAUCCACUUAUGGAAGACAUGGAUCAACUGCAAGAAGAAGAGAAGCAAGUGAUAGUCAGGCAAGUGACAGUGAAGGACAAUCAAGAGACCACUCUAGAGACUCAAUUUCUGGUCAUAGAUGGUCUUCUUCUACACACUCAGGGUCCCAUUCUAGCCCCAAAAGGGUUUCCAGUUGUGAUCAAUUCAGUGAUAGUGAAGGUCAAUCAGGAGAUAGCUCUAGACAGUCCAGAUCUGGUCAUCAAUGGUUUUCAUCCUCUCAGGGCUCUAGUACAAGAGGAAGAAAGGGAUCCACUUCCAGUCAGACAAGUGAUAGUGAAGGACAAACAAGAGACCAUUCCAGAGAUUCAGUCUCUCAUCACGGACAGGCUGCAUCCACGGAUUCAGAGUCUAGGUCAAGCCAAAGACAGGGAUCCAGUCAUGGUUCAUCCAGUCAUAGGAAAAGGCAAUCAGGAGACAGCUCUAGACAGUCAGGAUCUGAUCAUCAAUAUACUUCAUCACAGGAAGGACAGUCUAGUUCAAGGACAAGAGGAAGCCAAAGAUCCAUGCAUGGACAGGUAGGAGAUACAACUGAGCACUCAGGAUCUGGUCACAGAGAGCCUAGUGACACCAGGACAUUGGUAAGACAGGGAUCCAGUCAUGGUUCAUCCAGCCAUAAUAAAAGGCAAUCAAGAGAAAGCUCUAGAGAGUCAGGAUCUGGUCAUCAACAGUCCUCAUCCAGUCAGGGACAUCAUGGCUCUAGGACAAGAGGAAGACAGGGAUCUAUUUCUAGCCAGGUGAGUGACAAUGAAGAACAAACAAGAGACCACUCCAGAGACUCAGUCUCUGGUCAUGGACAGUCUUCAUCUAAAUACUCAGAAUCCCAUUUAGCUAGAAGACAGGGAUCCAGUCAUGGUUCAUCCAAUCAUAAUGAAGGGCAAUCAGGAGACAGAUAUAGACAUUCAGGACUUGGUCAUCAACAGUCCUCAUCCAGUCAGGGACAACCUGAGUCAAGGACGACAGGAAGACAUCAAUCCAGUGACAGCCAUAGAGUCUCUGGUGCCUCUCAGGAGCAUUCACUAAGUAAUGGACAACUGAGAUAUGGCUCAAGUUACAGUUGGAAACAUGGUAGCUAUGGGAAUACAGACUAUGACUAUGGACAGACUGGUUAUGGUCACUCUGGAGACAGUAGGACCAAUAGUAGGAAUUCUAGUCCUCAGCGGCCAGACCAAAUGACACUCAUUAGGCAUGGGCAUUCAUGGUUCAGACAUGAUUAUCCUGAUUUCAGCAUGAGUACAGGAAGUCAUGGGCAUUCUGGGGCAAGCCAUGAACAGUCAGGUGAUAAUAUACAUCAUGUUGGACCCAGCACCAUUAGAAAGCAGAGAUCAAACUCUGGCCAUUUCAGUGACAAGGAAGGACAAUCAAGUAGCCAACAAUCAGUAUCCUCUCCUAAACAGUCUGGGUCUGGUCGUAGACAAUCAAUACCCAACCACAGAAAAUCAGGGUCCAGAACAAGUAGAACAAGAAGGGGAUCUGAUCCUGGACAGUCAAGAGAUAGCCAGGCCAGAAGUCCAGGGAGACAAGAAUCAAGUCAUCAUCAGUCAGGAGAUGGUUCUACUGUGGGUAGAGGAAAGCCAGAAUCCAGUCAGGGACACUCAGAGACAAGCCACAGGCAGUCAGGUGACACUCGGGAUCACUCUGGGUCCCAAACAUCUAGAAGACAUGGAUCUAGCCAUGACCAAUCAAGAGAUAGCUCUAGACAGUCAGGAUCUAGUCAUGGACAGAUAGGUCAUGAGCAGUACAGUAACAGAUUUGGUCACUCAGAAUCUGGCUAUGAUAAGGCAGAGUACAGGACACACAAAACACACAGAUCUGGUUCUAAUCAAUCUGGUGAUAGUUCUGGUCAGACAGCAAUAAGAAAGCAUGGGCAUAGAAAUCCAUCGGGUACUAGAGUCACAGAGGGUACUAGCAAGAACAGAUCAGAGUACAACUCCAGUGUAACAGGGGAAAGUGGGAGACACAGACAAGAUGUUGUUGGUCUUGGAGAUCAAGAGGUAAUUAAUUUAAAGGAAAGAACUUACUCAGGCCUCUGCUACCCCUGUAACAGUACUCCCCUCUAUGCUUAUGUCCAAGAGCAAAGGAAUUAUUACUACCACUAAAAUACAAGUAGAAGACCAAGUAACUGAAAUAUCAAGUGAAGAAAAAAAAAAAGAUUUAACUAAGUUACUAUUUGUGAUAUUUCUAGGAAUAGGGUUUUUUGUUCUUUAAACAGAGAAUCCUACUCCAUCUUUUCUAUUUGCUGUUGGGUUUUGGUUUUUAAUUGAAACUUCUACUUAUCAGUGGUGAGUGUUUUUGUUCCUUGGUUAUAAAUUGGUGAACAGAAGAAAUUAAUAAAAUGAGGAGCUAACUAUGGGACAGGAUUUAUUUGGAACAAUAUUAGAAAUCAAUUUGGGACCCUGGGGAAUGUAUAAUUGAUUUUUUCUGAAUCUGAGAACUCAAUUUUUGUAGCUUCUUUGUGUAUUUUAAUUAGCAUCUGAAAGCUGAUCACUCUUCUUCAAGGAGUUAAGUGUGAAUAUAUUACUAUGGACCUGGAAGCCAAAGUUACUGUAGGCAGGGCUGCAGAUCAGCAUUUUAUUUGCUCAUCAUGGUCACCAAACACUUAUAACAUCUUUGAUACUCAAACUGAAAAUCUUCAUGAGAAAUUGGUGCUAUGCCAAUCUCUCUAGCCAAUGCACAAGGAAGUUAUCUUUGAAGAAUGAAGACUAACCUAUUUUUAUCCAACAGAAAUAUCAGCACUAACUUGACCUUAAAAUAAAGACACUCCCUCAGAAAUUAUUCUAGGUUGGAAAACAAUGGAAAGAGUACGACCUAAGGCUGAUCUGCAUUACACUUGCCUUUCCAAUCAGAAGAAUAUCAACAAAAAGGAGAAAAAAGAGAAGAUGUACAUUAGUACUGUAGGGCCCUUAUUAAUGGAUUGAUUCAUUGUAAUAACCUUGAGAUUAUUAAUAUUCCCUCAAAUCAGUAGAUUUCAUUAAAAUAUUGAUUGAUUGUCAUAA